GAGCCUGCACUUACGUCUCCAUAAUUGACUUUAUGGUUACUCUUCUCCCAAUGGGAUCUUUCACAGAAGAUGAGCAAAACCUCAGUGCUGAAAUAUACUGAAAAAAGAUUUCACAGGAAUAAAAACGACUAAGACCAUCAUAAAGAACCACUGCUGAUACUGUACCAGAUGAUCAUGGACUCUGGAGGACACAAGCAGGUUUCUGCUAUGGGUGACAGGAGAACAAGCAAUCACUCAGAAGGGACCGACUUCACUCUUGUAGGCUUCACGGUCCGCCCAGAGCUCCACAUCUUCCUCUUCCUGCUAUUUCUGCUCGUCUAUGCCAUGAUCCUUCUAGGGAAUGUUGGGAUGAUGGCCAUUAUAAUGACUGAUCCCCGGCUGAACACACCAAUGUAUUUCUUCCUAGGCAACCUCUCCUUCAUUGAUCUCUUCUACUCAUCUGUUAUUGCACCCAAGGCUAUGAUCAACUUCUGGUCUGAGAGCAAGUCCAUCUCCUUUGCAGGCUGUGUGACCCAGCUCUUUCUCUUUACCCUCUUCAUUGUAACUGAGGGAUUUCUUCUGGCAGCCAUGGCUUAUGACCGCUUUGUUGCCAUCUGCAACCCACUCCUCUACUCUGUUCGGAUGUCAACACGUCUCUGCACUCAGUUGGUGGCUGGUUCCUAUUUUUGUGGCUGCGUUGAUGGAGUUCUUCUGAGCAGCAUGACAUUUACUUUACCUUUUUGUGCUUCUCGGGCCAUCAACCACUUUUACUGUGAUUACCGUCCAGUUCAGAGGAUUUCUUGUUCUGAUCUCUACAUUCAUAAGAUCCUUUCUUUUGUCUUAUGUAGCAUUAUUAUUUUGCCUACCAUAACUGUCAUUAUUGUGUCCUAUAUGUAUAUUGUGUCCACAGUGCUAAAAAUACGCUCCACUGAGGGACGUAAGAAAGCCUUCUCCACAUGCAGCUCUCACCUAGGAGUUGUGAGUAUACUGUAUGGUGCUGUCACCUUUAUGUAUUUUAUCCCUGACAGAUUUCCUGAGCUCAGUAAGGUGGCCUCCUUAUGUUACACCUUAGUCACUCCCAUGUUGAAUCCUCUGAUUUACUCUCUGAGAAAUAAAGAUGUCAAAGAAGCUCUGAGAAUGGUCCUGGGGAAAAAAAAUGUUUUUGCUUGAUUCUAUUUUAACAUUAUAUAACUGAAAGACCUGGGCAUUAUGACAAUUUGGGGAAGCACUCACACCAAGAAUGCAACAGUCAUCUUAGAAAUAUUUAAUCUUAGCAAGUUUAUCUCUUUGAAUUCCAUGUACUUAGAGAGGAAGAAUACAUUUGGAUUAUAUUUUGUGAGCUAUUGAUUAUAAAGUAGAAUGGCUUCUCUAUACUUCAUUUUGGAUAAUGACAAUGAUUGCUGUGUCAUUUGUUUUUAAGAAAGAUGAAUUCCAAAUUUUCUCCUGGCUCUUUGAAGAUGCUCUUUGGCAUGUCUUAUUUAUCUUGAGGGAAUAAGAUAUGUUAUGUGCUUAUUGUGCUUAUGUAUAUAAUUGGUAGAGGAAACAAAAUCUGGUUGAUACAAUAAGCAGACAGAACAAAAUAUCAAAUUUACUGAAGAAAUCUUUUUGAGUGCUUAGUGAGAAAACCAGAUACUCUGCGGUGCACAGUGUCCUAAGGAUGACAUGUGAGUCACUCUUAAUAGUCCAGAGGCUGAAUGAGUGACACAGUCAUUUCACGGUUUCUCUGAAUUGGAUAAGUUACUCUUGAAAACUCUCUCUUUUUAUAAGGAAACUCUAAUGAAAAUAAACCAAAAGUAAAUGUAAUUCAU